AUGCGCCCGUCCAGACCUGAAUUUCCUUCAUCCGGAAGCUCUAACGGAGGUCCGAGUCAACCUGUGAAACCUGAAGGAACCUAUCCCAACCAGCCUGGAACAGGCGCACCUCAGAGACCAGGAGUCCCUCUUCAGCCAAAUCAACCUGCAACAGGUACAUCUCAGAGGCCAGGACGCCCCUCUCAAUCGCCUCAGCCCGGCCAGCCGGGAGAAGGCACACCUCAGAGACCCGGAACGGCUUCGCAGCCCAAUAUCCCAAACCAGCCUGCGACCGGUGCAUUUCCCAGACCAGAUAUUCCACCUCAGGGUUAUCCAAGUCAACCUGGAACGGAUACGUCUCAAAUCCCCUCGCAGCCGAGUUAUCCUGGUCAAUCCGGAGGGAGCACACCACAGAGACCAGGGGUGCCACCCAAACCAACUUAUCAACCUGGAAGUCAACAGAGACCUGGAACAACAGUCCCGCAGAGUUUUCCUGGCCAACCAGAAGUAGGCACUCCACAGAGACCUGUAGAAACGUCUCCUUCGGGUUAUCCUAAUCAACCUGGCUCUACCCAAGGCCCAUCAUCACAACCGAGUUUCCCCGGGCAGCCCGCAGGAAGCACUCCCCAGAGACCAGGAUCGCCGCCACAACCUAGUUAUGGAAAUCAGUCUGGAGGAAACACUCCACAGAGACCGGGUUCACCGUCAAAACCAAGUUAUGGAAAUCAACCCGGAGUAAGCACGCCACAGAGACCUGGAUCUCCGUCACAACCUAAUUAUGGAAACCAGCCUGGAAUAGCGGCUCCUGGAAGCUAUCCUAAUCAACCUGGCUCUGUGCAAUUACCAGGAACAUCGCCCCAACCAAGCUUCCCUGGCCAGCCAGGAAUAAGUACUGAACAGAAUCCAGUUACGCCCUCACAACCGAGUUAUCCAAAUCAGCCUGGACCAGUGCAAAGACCCGGAGUACCGUCCCAACCGAGUUAUCACCCGGCUCGGCCCGGAUCUACUUCGCAGUCGAAUAUUCCCAGUAGGCCUGCAACCGGCAAACCACAGAGACCAGAUAUAGCCCCCCAGGGUUAUCCAGGUCGACCCGGAACGAGUACGUCUCAGGAACCUUCACAACCGAGUUAUCCAAAUCGGCCUGGGGUAAGCACUCCACAGCGACCGGGUUCGUCGUCACAACCUAGUUAUGGAAAUCAGCCUGGUGUGAAUCCACAGUUGCCAGGGUCUUUCCAACCCGGUUAUCCAAAUCAGUCCGAAGGCGGAACUCCAUCAAGACCUAGUACUCCUCUACAACCCAGUCAUCCAGGUAUCUCAGGCCCAUCUGUACAACCUAUUCCCCCGGCGAGUACUGGUACUUCAUCCAGACCUGGAGUACCAUCUCAGCCGGCUUAUCCCAACCCACCUGGAGGACAAGUUCCUCCGCGACCGGGUUCUUCUUACAAACCCUCCUCUCCCAACUCUCCUCAACCUGGCCGUCCUGUUCAACCCGGAACCACUUUCCCAUCGAGGCCUGCAUCUUCGACACCCGGAUCUGGAACACCGGCAUCGGGAGCUCCUACUCAGCCCGGAUUUCCAGCAAAUCCUAACUAUCCAAAUCCUGCAGGGGGUGCUCCAUCGAAACCUAGCGGACCUCAAGGAUCUGGAACUCCAUCACAACCAAGCUACCCGCAUCAACCAGGAACGAACAUUCCCGCAUAUCCGGAAUCCAGUCGGCCCUCGGUCCCCGACGCAAAUGCUCCAGCUCGACCUAUUUCUCCGUCUCAUCCCGGUUAUCCGGAUCAGUCUAGACCGAGUCGUCCGUUGGACGGUGGAAGGCCAUCCCAACCUGAUUAUCCAAAUCAACCCGGAUCGAGUAUACCAAUUCGUCCAAGCCCACCGAAACCGAGUUAUCAGCCAGGAUCGACGACUCCAUCGCGACCCUUCCCUCUUCCGCAGCCUAGCCAACCAGAAAAUAAUGGGCCAACACAGCCCGAUCACCCCACUCCAUCGAUACCCGGUACACCAGUACAGCCUGGCUAUCCAAGUCAAUCAGGAACUCACAUUCCAACGUCUCCUGGAAAACCGUCACAGUCUGGUUACCCAAGUUUACCUGGAACGGGCAGCCCAUCGAGACCCGGUGCGCCAGCAAAUUCUGACCGUCCUAGUCAAUCAGGAACAAAUAUUCCAUUAUCCCCGGGUAGUCCACCGGCAUCCGGAGUACCAGUACAGCCUGGCUAUCCUAAUAAGCCAGAAACUAAUUUCCCUCCAAAACCGGACAGCCCAUCGCAGCCUGGCCAUCCUACUCAACCAGAAACACACAUUCCAUCAUCCCCCGGCAACAGACCGCCGUCUGGCUAUCCAAGCCGACCAGAAACAAGUGGUUAUCCAAAUCAGUCAAAUCAUGGAACAAGCAGUCCAUCGAGACCCAGCACACCAGUACAGCCAAGCUACCCUGAGCAAUCUGGAACACAUAUCCCAUCAUUACCUGGAAGCCCCUCGCAGCCUAGUCAUCCAAGUCACCCUGCAAGUAGUCCACCGGCAUCCGGAAUACCAUCACAGUCUGGAUACCCUAAUCAGCCAGGAACACAUAUCCCAUCAUCGCCUGGAAACCCAUCGCAGUCUGGUUAUCCAAGUCACCCUGGAACAAGUAGUCCACCUGCAUCCGGAGUACCAUCACAGUCUGGGUAUCCAAGCCGACCAGAAACUAGUAAACCUUCUCGCCCGAGCGUCCCCUCAAAACCGGGUUAUCAACCUGGGUCAAGCCAUCCGCUUCGUCCAGGAAAACCCAAUAAACCGAAUGCACCAAAUGGACCCGGAUACCUUCCUCCGAAGCCGAGUCGACCUCAUCCACGUCCUCCACACCGUCCAAAUCGUCCAGGAAAUGAACCACCAUCGAAUUCAGGAAGUCCUGCACGGCCGAUCUUACCUCCUUCCGGUGCUCCUAUUCACCCAGGCUGUGAUUCAACUCCUUGUCAGCCCGCAACAUCGCCAAGCAGUCCGAGCUUACCGAGUUAUCCGCCAUCUUCUGGCUAUCCAGUCUCCCCGGGUAUCGGUUACCCAGCAACUGACUAUCCUCAACAGCCAGAAACGGCAGCUCCGCCUUCAUACCCCGGAUAUCCUGAUCCUGACAAUCCUAAUUACCCCAAUUAUCCUCAAGCCCCGGGCGGUCCCGUUGGUAGUACAGGCCCUGUAGGAGGCAUUGGAAAUCCAGGACCUAUUGGAGGCAUUGGAGGUGAUGGUGGAAUUGGAGGCAUCGGAGGUGACGGUGGAAUCGGAGGCGACGGAGGAAUCGGUCCUGCAGGACCAGACGGCCCAUGGCCAACAGGUUCACCAGGACCUAGCGGACCAUGGCCCGGUGACCCUCGCUUCCCACCUCAAGGUACCUUCAGAACACCGUAUCCAAACAACCAAUACCUUCCUCCACCUUUCUAUCCUCAACCAGAGAACCCAAACAUUUAUGCCGGACAAGACAACUACGACCAAACGAACUACCCAUACGCAGAGCGAAUUGAAAUCCCUGAUUCUCGUCAACCCGCGCCAUUCAGCUUGACAGAAAACUCACCCGUACAAACAAACCCAAACAAUUACGCAGAAUCUCACAAAAAUCGUAACUCCCAGCGCACGAUGCUAGCCAACAUGGUGAACGCAGAGGACAACACCGAAAACGACAAGAGAGUAAUUGUAAACCAAUCAAUCCAAUUGCCUUCAAACCGAAAAAUUGAGAAGGAACCAAACGACUACGAUCUCCGAAAUACUCCACCCUUCGAAGAUCUAGAGCAUCAGAUAUCUCGAUAUGAUGAAAAUUACGGAGAAUUUCAAUCAGGAAGUCGAAAACAAGCUCCCCCAUCACCUCAUCACGAACAAGAGCAAUUGAGUGAAUUCCAAACUCUUCCUGAAAAGCCGAGUGACCCCGCCCAGAAAAUAGACCAGGUAAAUACAUCGCCGGAAAGUCCAGAAUUCUCAACAAUUGGUGUCCGACCACCCGGGCCAAUAAAAAUCAAGCCAAUUCCCCUUCCAGUCGGUCCAAACCCCGACAUGUGUCCCUGUUACAUCGUAGAAUCAAAGAACACAUCAAUCUCUGCACCAAUCACCACGACACCGAGUGCAAUCAUAGAGAAAGAAAUCAAUGGAACUCCCGUGUACGGUCAAUUGGGUUUCAUCCCCGUUAUUUUUGUCCCCUAUUGUCCAGGUGAUGACCCUGACGAUGAAAGCAUGACUCGCGCCAUUUUUCCAACAGCAACACCUGUACCAUAUCCGUGCAAUGUUUGCGAUGGUCACCAGGACAAUCCCAUAAUCGGUGGAAGGCACUUCGAUCUCAGUCAGCUCAGCAACAUCAAAGCCAUAAGGCGUGUGCUCAGCGAGGCAAAUCUUGGUUACUUGAAUGUUCCAGGUGUUGCGGUGAAAAGUCCUCGAUCACGAAACCACAGACGGAAAGUCAAGAGGAGGAAAAGCAGCGAUUGAUGGGUACCACAUUUUCCCGGCUCUU